AUGCCCAACUGGGCAUUUCUUACAAGGUUUUGCUUUCUCUCAAAGCAAGGGCAUUUCAUCUACGAAAUUGAGUACCCCACGGAUUACCAAAUCCAGAACUUGCUUCUUUAUUACGAUGAAAAGCAUCAAUGGCCAGCGGUGUACAAGAAGCCAAAGACGUGCCACCAGAAAGAGCUGGUGCUCAACGCGGGCCACGGUCAGAUUUUGAACUUGACCAACUGGUACUACCCUGCCGAGUGCAGCCUGGAAACUGAGGAACGUAAGUCCGUCUUCCGGUGCGCAGCUCAGCGGCGCUUCAAAUCCGCCAGGGAACGCUGGUGGUUUAUAGCCAUCAGCAACUGUAACUCCAGCAAGGGGCUUUAUUUGAAAUACAAGCUCGGUAUGUUCAACCACGAGAAAGACUUUUGGUACAGACAAUUUUCUGCGGAUGAAUUUUAUAUUCUUCAAACAGACAUCGCAGCUCUGGUAUUGUACGUAAUAGUCUUCAUGGCGAGCUGCUACGGGGCAUGCGUGCUGUUUUCGCGCAACUACCUGCACACCACGUACAAGAUGUUCAUCGUGUCUGUUCUCUGCCAGAUGCAAAGCCUCCUGUGCCUCGUCGUUUUUUACGCCUUGUACGCCGACGACGGAGUUGGAAUUCCCCUCUUGAAGCUAAUGGGAUCAGUGCUCUCUUCGGUCAGCACCCUGAUAUUCCUCCUGCUACUAAUCUUGGUCGCAAAGGGUUAUACAGUCACCAGAGGAAGGCUCAAAUCAGGAACCUCGGCAAAGAUAGGAACCUUCAUGACAAUCUAUGUCGUCGUCUACUCAGCGCUCUUCACUUACGAGCAGCAGUACUUCGAUCCGGGCGAAGUGCUCUACCUGUACGAGAGCCCCGCGGGUUACGGCAUCGUGGCGCUGCGACUCGUCGGCUGGGGAUGGUUCGUCUACGCCACCGUCUUCACGCUGCUCCACUAUCCGGAGAAAACUGCAUUUUACACCCGGCUUUUUUUGCUGUACACUAUCUGGUUUCUGUCUGCGCCGGUGAUUAUACUCAUCGCUGCCUUCGUUGUGCCAAAGUGGAUGCGUGAAAAAGUCAUCAACAUUGUGGAGCUCAUGGUCAUACUCUUCGCCCACAUUGUUUUUCUGGUUCUAACUAGGCCGUCCAGAGCGAAUAAAAACUUUCCAUUUCACGUAAGGACGACACAGGUGGACGUGGUGCAGCACCCAGCCAUCGGACUCAUUUCGGAGAACUACAUCGACCGUUUCCCGCACCACGCGUACGCACCCACCGAGUCCAUGAUCGCCGAAGCUCCCGGCGCGAGCGUCGACUACGAGCGACUCUUCGGCGCAGGCCAGCGGGCCGAGAAUAACAACUGGGAACUGGUAAGGACCGAAGGAAACUGCGGUUCGGUGAUUUGA